GGCAUCCUGACUACGCGGUGACGUAACCAUUGACGGCCAACCAGCGCGACUCCAGCGUCGCAGUCACCGUUGACCCCGGCCCGCACAACCAUGGCGCUGCUCUGCAGAUCCGCAGGGUUACUUCUCAAACAUAGUAAACUGUUGCCGUCUGCAUUAGCAGCAACAAGGCAAUGCAGUUCAGGUGGCCAGUAUCAGUACAUACUAGUUGACAAAAAGGGUGAAAAGAAGAAUGUUGGCUUUAUCCAACUGAACAGACCAAAGGCUCUGAAUGCUCUUUGUGAUGGGCUUAUGAUGGAGGUGGGCAAAGUCCUUGAUGCAUUCGAGGCUGACAGCGAAGUGGGAGCAAUUAUCAUCACAGGAAGCGAAAAAGCCUUUGCGGCUGGAGCUGAUAUUAAAGAGAUGCAGAAUCGAACUUUUCAAGAGUGCUAUGGUGGAAACUUCUUGGCACAUUGGAACAGGGUAUCAACAGUUAAAAAGCCUGUUAUAGCAGCUGUCAAUGGGUUUGCGCUUGGUGGAGGAUGUGAGUUUGCCAUGAUGUGUGACAUAAUCUACGCUGGGGAGAAAGCACAGUUUGGACAGCCAGAAAUCCUGCUUGGGACCAUUCCUGGUGCUGGUGGCACUCAGAGGCUUACAAGAGCAGUGGGAAAAUCCCUUGCAAUGGAGUUGGUUCUCACAGGAGACCGAAUUUCAGCUCAGGAGGCAAAACAGUCUGGUCUGGUAAGUAAAGUGUUUCCUGUGGAUCAGCUUGUUUCAGAAGCGAUCAAAUGUGGAGAGAAAAUAGCUGGCAAUUCCAAACUUGUCUCAGCCAUGGCAAAGGAAGCUGUUAAUGCAGCAUUUGAACUGACUUUAGCUGAGGGCAAUCGACUUGAGAAAAGAUUGUUCCAUGCAACCUUUGCGACGGAGGACAGAAAGGAGGGCAUGACUGCUUUUGUCGAGAAGCGAAAGGCUGCUUUCCAGGACAAGUAAAUUUCCAGUGGAAAUUAUGGUGAUUUUUAAACCAUGGUGUUUGUGAUCAAAUGCAGUUAUUAAAAUACUCUACUUUUCCUUAAUUUUCUAAUCAAGUGUUUAUUAAAAAAACAUCAGGAUCUGUACUUUCGGGUUGGCGGACUUAACAUGUAGUUCAAUGAACUCAAAUUUAGCUUGGUUUAUACAUUACAUUAAUUAAUUAAUUAAUGUCUGGGUAUUGUUGAUUGUCUGCUAUUAUCACCUUGAAACCUUCUUUGCUGAUACAACAUAAAUAGAGGCAUCCAGUACAAUAACUGUGUGUAAUUUAAACACUCGGUCAUGCUUUAUACUAGCAUACACUUUAGCAGUUAAGAGAGAGAAAAUGGCAUUGCCAUAACCUUUCUAAAUUGUUUGUAAUUACUGUACAACACUGUUGAAGGUUUUGCAAAACCCCUCUGAUUUGACUUUGCAUGUUGAUAUGGCGAUUAUUUGACUAAAAUGCAUUGGGAAAAGACGUCGCAAUUCCACUUUGUACACUCUAGGUGGUGCUGUGGGUGUAUUUUCAGUCACUCGUGCGGCUUAUUCAUUGAGGUAGCCUAAUAAAGUCGCUGUAGUAGUA